CUUCAAGUGCCAGCAUAUGUUUACCAGAUUGAAAUUGUGACAAUUUUCUUCAUAAGAACGUUUUGUUCUUUUCUCAACCUUACUCGUCCCUUCAUCACCAUUUCUGUGUCUGUUACAUGAAUUAAUUAGUCGAUUUCUUUAUCAUGUUCACAGAGAAAAGAAUAUGUGAAAUACGCAAAGGUAUUUCCACUGUCCGGUACACUGGACUUCAAAGUACCAAGUAAAUGGUACAGAAGAGUUGUCGGAUCGCUCGAAAUUAUUUGCGGACUCGCAAUGGCUAUAGUUCCAAGUCACAAAAUAAAAAAUGCAUCGAACGCGAUAUUACUGUUAUUGAUGUUAAUGGCUGUGUACUCUCACUACAUGGUGAAUGACAAGUUUGAAAGGAUUGCACCAGCUCUGGUAUUUUUUUUCAUGCUAACAGGCCGACUAGUAAUAGAUUGGCAACUUAGACGAGAGGAUACGCAACCGGUAACGGCGAAUGGUGUAGAUGAUAAAAGUAAAAAACAAGAUUGAAUUCGAGAUUCUUAUACGUACUCGCACGAUUAAGACUUUGGUUAUCAUGUCAGUUAUCGCCUACGUACCACAUAAUAAUCACGAUGAAAUAAUUUUCCAUACACGCAGCAAAGACGUAUUUCGUUCGAUCUUUAAUUCCUUAUGCUCCGCGAUAUUAAUUUUGUGUGUAUGGUUUCUUACGUUUCAUAUCAAAUGCUCUCUUUCAAAGUUAUGCUUCAAUCUUAUUACGUUUCAUCACGAGCUACUUUUUCGUGCUGACAGCACUCGAAUUUGUUCAAAGCGUUCUAAAUCUCGAGUACCUCGAGAGCUAUGAAUUUCUAUCAUUAUUAGUCAACAUUACAAGAAUUUAAUCAACGGCAAAGAAUCAUGAAAUACUAGCUCAAGCACAAGGUAUUAACUGCCAAUUGAAUUAAUGUGUUCUCCUUGAUAUCGUAUUAAGAUGUAAAUGCCCUUAGACGAUACCUAAAAGAAUAUCGUUGCAGUGUAAUGCACAUGCGUGUUUUCUUCGCAUCCAUACUUUUAUUUUUUUUUUUUAAGAAAAAAACACGUAUUUUCACAAGAGCGACUAAAAAUGUACAAAUUAAAAAUUACUCGUACAAACAGUUUAAGCAAUACCAACGCACUUCCUAUUAUCCGCGAUUAAAACUAAACCACUAUCGUAAGAUGUAUAAUUUUUAAUUUAAUUAAAGAUGGUUUGCUGAUA